AGAAGAGCGGCGAGCGAGGCGGGGAUGGCGGCGCGGCUCGCUGCGCGCCGGGAACCGGGGGCUGCCGGCCGACGCCCAUGGCUGCUGCUGGCGCCGCUGCUGCUGGCGCCGCUGCUGCUGGCGCGGCCCGCCGAGGCCCUGGUGGAGGGGCUGUACUGCGGCACGCGCGACUGCUAUGAGGUGCUGGGCGUGAGCCGCUCGGCCAGCAAGGCGGAGAUCGCGCGGGCCUACCGCCAGCUGGCCCGGCGCUACCACCCCGACCGCUACCGGCCCGAGCCGGGCGAUGGCCCCGGGGGCGCGCCGCCGAGCGCCGAGGCUUUCCUGCUGGUGGCGACCGCCUACGAGACGCUCAAGGAUGAAGAAACACGGAAAGAUUAUGACUACAUGCUGGAUCACCCGGAGGAAUACUAUAGCCAUUACUAUCACUACUACAGCAGACGCCUAGCCCCGAGAGUGGACGUUAGGGUGGUGAUUUUGGUCAGUGUGUGCGCCAUUUCCAUGUUUCAGUAUUUCAGCUGGUGGAAUAGCUACAAUAAAGCUAUCAGCUACCUAGCCACAGUGCCCAAAUACCGCAUCCAGGCCACAGAAAUUGCCAAGGAGCAGGGACUGCUCAGGAAAGCCAAAGAGAAAGGGAAAAACAAGAAGUCCAAAGAAGAGAUCCGGGAUGAGGAGGAGAGCAUCAUCAAGAACAUUAUAAAAAGUAAGAUAGACAUAAAGGGGGGCUACCAGAAACCCCAAGUCCGUGACCUCCUCCUGUUUCAAGUCAUCCUGGCUCCUUUUCACCUGUGCUCGUACAUAGCUUGGUACUGCCGGUGGGUCUAUAACUUUAAUAUCAAAGGCAAAGAAUACGGGGAGGAGGAGAGACUCUACCUCAUACGCAAGUCUAUGAAGAUGUCCCAGUCUCAGUUUGACAGCCUGGAGGACCAUCAGAAAGAAACGUUUCUUGAGCGGGAGCUUUGGAUAAAGGAGAAUUACGAGGUCUACAAGCAGGAGCAAGAGGAGGAGUUAAAGAAAAAGUUGGCGAAUGACCCUCGGUGGAAGCGCUACCGGAGAUGGAUGAAGAACGAAGGGCCUGGACGGUUAACGUUUGUGGAUGACUGAAGACGGAUGGGAGGCUGCCUUGCCGAUCCGGAAGUGUUUUCAUAGCGGUUACGGGGAGCUGUGUCUGCUGCGCUUAGCAGUAGCCGAAGUUCAUGAGAAUCUGAUUAAACAAACUAAUGUAGAAAUUCAACUUUCCCAUCAAACUUUAUACAAGAGACAUUUAUGAUGUUCAAUUUUUAUAAUCUAUUUGUGGAUUUUGUUAAAAAAGAUUUGACAUGGGGAUUUAUUAGUUGCCAUUUAAAAUUUUUAUAUGUUUAGUUAAAUUUGACAUGAAAUUUAUUAGAUACCAUUUAAAACUUCAGUGUGAAGUGUUUCUUCUUCAAGAGUGUUUCCUUAUGUUUUCAUAAUGCUACAUUUUUCUGCUUUCCUGGUCUCUAUUUUUACAAAACAACAACAACAACAAUUACAACAGCACUUGAUCAUAUUAUUGUGUCUUUCUGGACAUACAUUUCUUCAGGAGAAUCAUUCAGUGUCAUGUUGUCCUUACUGUAGUCCUUACAGGUUUGAGUAUGUUCAAAGUAAUCUCUAGGAGAGUCUUGUAGAAUCCCUGCAGUUCCCUCCCAGUAAUUCCACUCUUGAUAAGAUCAGAAACUCUCUAGGAGAGUGAGUCACCGCCAUGUCCUUGUGGGAUGUGCUUGGUUACAGUCUCAUUGUAGGACUGUUUUCUCAAACAUUGCUGCAGAGGGGACCUUGCGAAAAGGUCUUUUGUACCACCAUCUUGCUGCUCGCUUGCUUGCUUCUCCUCUUUCCUUCCUUCCCCCCUCCUUCCUUCCCUCCUUCCAUCCCUCCCUCUCUUCCUUAAUUUUGAAUUACUUAUGUGGUGAAAAUGUAAUGCCAUGAGGUCAUUUACAUGCAUUUAAACUAAAAAGAAGAAAGCAUGACUGUGUGCCAUUCUCUCAACCUCUAGGGUAUACAUCUUUUUUAUACAUAUGGAAGUAGAAGUAAGUGACAGAAUUGGCUGACUCAAACCUGAUGCUGUAUCAACGUACCACACAUAUUCAUAUGCAGUUCUCCUGUUAAAGAUUUACCCUACUGCUGCAUAUUAAUAGAAUGGUUGUGUUAUAUCAUGCUGCCUGGCAGGCUAUUUAAAGAUUAGCAUAUUGCCUUUGUAACAUAAUUUUAGAAGGUUACUAUAGCAUAGUAGAUAUGCAGGAUUUAUUUCUAAGUGAAGUAAAUUAGUCCUUUUAAAAGCUCAGCCUAGGCACUGGGUAGCUCGGUUGGUAAAGUACACACAGUGGGGAGUGACUUUUGUCGUCCCCCCCCCCUCCGAUCUUAUGUAACAAAAAUGCUAGACAUGGUGGCAUACUCAAACCAGAGAACCUGUCUCUAAAAACAAGGUGAACAGCACCUGAAAAAUGAAAGCCAGGCUUGCCCUCUGGCUUCCAUAUACACCCCCACACUUGUGCAUCUGCACACACAUGAACACACACAUAUAGCCCAAGUAAAUGACAUAUACACAGUUCCAUCCUUGCCAAUAAGCCGAGACUUGAUGUCAGUUAUUUUAAUGUGAAUGGAUUUCAGUUGCUAAUUACAAAAAUAGAAUUUGAGCUGGGCAGUGGUGGUGCACGCCUUUUAAUCCCAGCACUCAGGAGGCAGAGGCAGGCGGAUCUCAGGGUUCAAGGCCAGCCUUGUCUACAGAGCGAGUUCCAGGACAGGCUCUAAAACUACACAGAGAAACCCUGUCUCUAAAAAAAAAAAAAAAAAAAAAAAGAAUUUGAUCAAGCUAUCAGUAGGGCUCUUUGCAGCUCUGGAAUUCUGAAAUGACACAAUUAUUAUUUAGAGUUCUAUAUAAACUUCAGUUGGAAAUGUUUUAUGUGUCCAUUCUUCUUCAGGGUUGUGGAGAAUCAUGUAAUUAGCACACAUUGCUGGUUAUUAUCUGUGAAUAACGUUGUGUCGUAUAAGGUCCAGAAAGAAAUAGCAGUACUAGUUUACCUCACCAUUUUCCAAGACUUCUCUGAUUGCCUAUAUUUUUCUAGUUUUGUUUCUGUUACUGUGACGAGCACCCUGACAAAAAGCAACAAUUCCAUUUUGGGGAAAGGCUGAAACUCAAAAAGCUUGUUCUGUCAUACCAGUCAAGAGCAAGGAGAGAACGUGUGUAUCUUUGCUUCUCACAUUGUUCAGCAUUUCCUUGCUAGGGAAUGGUGCUGCCUGUAGUUGCCUGGGUCUUCCUACCCCAGACUUGUCCGCAGGCCAACCUCAUUGAGACUCUGUUUCCAGCUAAUUUUAGGUUGUAUCAAGUUGACAAUGAAAACUAACCAGCACACCUAUUUAUAAGGAAAAUGGGAAAAUGCUCAGCCAAUGAAAAUAUGUAUCUUUGGAUACUCUUUUGUCUGUUUUUUAUUUCUGUAUUUGUAGAAGUGUCCACUGAAGGCUGUUCACAUGGGAGUUUGGGCACGGUUAUCGCAUGAAUCAAGGUGGACUCUUUCAGAAAGAUGUUUUCCCCUUCCCUCAGUUCACUGUACUUUAACGUCUCAGGCUAAAGGAAAGGCCAUUGCUUGCUACAGUCACUGUACUUCACUGUACUCUGCCCAUCUUCCACCAAAACCAAAUCUCUCCAUUUUAGAACCAUCUAGACUAGAGGCCCUUACAGCUUCAUUAGUGUAGGAGUAUGGGUUGAUUGUUAGAGCAUAGCUGUUCAUUGCUACCUAUUCAUCAAUUCAUGUAAUUGAAGUCUGCAAAAUUGCUCUUUUGGGUUUUAUUCAUAUAAAUAUCUUCAUAACAGA